AUGAAUGCUCGUAAUAUUCAACUACUUACGAUUACAAUGCUGGUUUUGAUUGCCACGCCGUGCAUGCGUGCCAAGCCAUGUUUUGUCGAGAUUGUCGAAGUCGAGAUACCGAAUACAGGUACGUACAUGAAUAACCAAUGGGUGUAAUUUUAUUAGUUAAUAAAAAAGAAAAAAAUUAAAAUAAUAAUAUUUUAAGCAACAUGCAUAAUAGGUACCUUAUGAUUUCACGGGUGUUAUGAGAUUUUUUAUACAGGUAACUUGAAUUAGCGCAAAUUUUGGUUAGAUAAUCUAUCUUAAAUGUUAAUCACAUAACUAUAUACAAAAAUUAUACUUUUAACAUACAAAUUUAAAAAUAUUAUCGUUUUUAGAAAAAAAUAGUUAAAUACUCUUAUUUAAAUACAUUAAAGCACUGUAUUUAUAUACAUAUAUAGAUAACACAAAAACUCAAUUUAGUUUACUUCGUUUCUAAAAAUUAAUUUGUGCUUUUUAUAAAUUAGAUGAACUUGAAGUAAACACCGAAGAAAAACGACUUGUAACACCAAAACCACGCACUCCGAUACCUGCAAACACACCGAGCACUCCGAUACCUGCAAAUACACCGAGCACUCCGAUACCUGCAAACACAUCGAUCACUUCGAUACCUGUAAAUACACCGAGCACUCCGAUACCUGCAAAUACACCGAGCACUCCGAUACCUGCAAACACAUCGAUCACUCCGAUACCUGCAAACACACCGAGCAAUUCGACAUCCGCCAACACACUGGACAUUUCGAUACCUACUACGAGACCUACAACCUCAAAUAGACUCACCAAGAUCCGGAUGCCAAUCGGGAGGUAUAAGGCAAAUAGGUAUGAUGGAACAUAUGACGAAGAUGUUAUGGACAAGCUCGGUAUUAACUGA